AUGGUCGGAGGGACUACAAGACAGUCCAAGGUUUUCUAUCAGGGCCAGACUGAGGACUUCGUCAUAUUUGUUGCGGACAUAGUCACCGCGCAGAAAUGGAAAACAUAUCAUUCAAUCCCGCUUGAGCAGGUGAUGGAUGUGUGGAAGAUCUACUCUUCACAUCAACAUGGACCUCAAGGGAUGCAUAAUGAAGCCAGCAAGGCUACUCUUGAGCAUGAAUUCGGGACAUCCAACGAUCGGGAGGUCAUCUUCCAUAUCUUGGAGAAAGGCGAGCUCCAGGAAGGUACCGCCUCUGAACGACAAGCAGUUAGGAACGAGUCACAAGGAUCACGAGGCAUUCAUUAG